UGAGCCUUCCCGACGUUUCCUCUGAGUGACCGACCCUUAUGUCCUCGAGUCGACGGUGGCUGCCGAAGGAAGCGCUCAAGGACUAGAGUUGUUUCUGGCAAUCCUUCGUACAAUUUAAGAGUAGUAAUCAUGGUAUUCGAAAGAAAAAUGCUCACAACCGGCGAUCCCGAAGAUGAGGAAGAAGAUGCCCCUGAAGAGGAAGAGGAGGAAGAAGAGGAAGACCUGGUGGACCCUUUAGAAACAAUCCGUGCCAAGUGUGAGGAGACGGAACACUGCGUGCACUUAAAGGAGCGUCUGGAGCUUUGCGAAACCCGCGUCAACUCCAAAUCCAACACAACGGAGGAGUGCACAGAAGAGCUCUUUGACUUCCUGCAUGCGCGCGACCACUGUGUAUCCCACAAACUGUUCCACAACGUGAAAUGAUCUGCCCACCAACCACCUGCAGCUGUGUGAUCAACGUAACUGCCACGACUGUAAAAUAAGGAGUACCUGCAAAUUGUUAUUCUAGAUUAAUACAUACCAGAUGGAGACAUACUUUUUACUGUGUGCAUUUGCGUGUAUUGUACGAGGCAGUCUGUACAUAGUUAAAGUAAAUCCUGCUUUUAUGGACUCAAGAUUUCAGAAUUUCAUUGUGGUCAGUGUCUUUUGAGAAAGAACAAGCACUUCUGUUGAUGCAUGACUGUGGUUGUGAUUUUUUUUCUUUCUGGACUAGUACGGGAAAUAAAAGUUGUCUUUGGUUGCCAAGUUCA